AUGGCUAUCGAGGUGGCAGUGGGAACAGGGGGACAGUGGGAGGCAGACGUGGGAAGUAUCUUUCGGAGAGUAAAGUCAACAUACAGACCUAGGAAAAGAAGUUAUGAUCAAGCAUGUGUCAAUCCAGUUGGGCCUGUGGUUGCCCACAGUGAUAAGCAACCUCAAGAAUGGGAGCCACCAACUACAAGUCAGGACAUUAGACCUGGUGAAGAGAAAAAGGAUGAAGGAGCAUCUGCAGUGGAAGUGGGAAAUAUCUUUCGGAGAGUAAAGUCAACAUACAGACUUAGGAAAAGAAGUUAUGAUCAAGCAUGUGUCAAUCCAGUUGAGCCUGUGGUUGCCCACAGUGAUAAGCAACCUCAAGAAUGGGAGCCACCAACUACAAGUCAAGACAUUAGACCUGGUGAAGAGAAAAAGGAUGAAGGAGCAUCUGCAGUGGAAGGGCCUGUCCCGGAAGCUGAUCAAUGGGAAGUGGCUGAGCCAGAGACUGGGCGUGAGCAUGAUCCUGGUGUUAAUGGGAAGAGACUGCCAAAGGCAGAGCCCUUUUAAAAUGCCAGAAGCAGGUAUGUUCUC